AUGUCCGUAUCUGCAGGCGAACGACAUAGCGAGAAGCGCCUCAAAGUCUCCGAACAGACACCCGGAGUUCAGAUCUUCCUCCAACCCAUUGCGCCGCCUGCAGCUCUCGGACUGGCGGGUUUUGCCGGCUCCACAUGGAUCACAUCAAGUUACAUCGCGAACUGGUGGGGCAAUGCUGAGUCGCCGACCAUCUUCUUUCCCUUCAUCGAAAUGUUCGGCGGCGUGGCCCAGUUCAUUGCCGGCAUUUACGGCUUCAAAGCGCGAGACACACUCGUGACCGCCGCGGGAGCCAUCGACACCCACGACAUCCACACACAUUUCCCCGAACUCGCCUUCUGGUUCAUCACCCUCGCGGUCUUCACCUGGUCAUGCGCCCUCGCCGCUACGGCCCGAGAUCUUGUACUCUGCGGCUGUCUCUUCUCCCUCGCAAUCGGUUCCACCAUCGCAUGCUGCCUGUUCGCCUACAACGGCGACACCUCCACUACUUCUGGCUCCGGCGACGGCAUGAAAGGAGGUGUCACUAACGGCAUCAAGGCUGCGAGCUAUUUCUGGAUGCUGUCCGCGUUGUUCGCGUGGUGGCGCGUAACGGUGUAUUUGGUUGAAGAGGCGUACGGGCCGAACCAUGUCACUGUGAAGUUCUUCCCGAUUGGAAGGGUGCCGAUGGAGAAGAGGGCGCCGUUUCUUAUCCCUGGGUUGGGCGAGCCGGGUGUUAAGAGGGGUGUGCCGAAGCCGAUGCCGGUGGAUGUUUGA